AUCCCAAUAGAUACUUCUUUAACUUUCUUUCUUCUUUAGGUUUUAGGAGAACGAGGAUGGCUGCUCACAUCCUUGUACUUGUCCUUCUUGCAUUUACUUGUUCUCUUACAGAUGCCUCUGACCCCAGUCCUCUACAGGACUUCUGUGUUGCCAUACUAAAACCACAACCACCAGUGUUCAUCAAUGGGUUUGUGUGCAUGGAUCCAAAGAUGGUGCAAGCAGAUCAUUUCUUCUUCUAUGGGCUAGACAUGCCCGGCAACACUUCAAAUAACGUUGGCUCCAAUGUGACAGCAGUCAACGUUAAUCAGAUCCCUGGACUCAACACUCUCGGUGUAUCCCUUGCUCGCAUCGACUACGCACCCUACGGUCUCAACCCUCCUCACACGCAUCCACGGGCUUCAGAAAUCUUGACUGUUAUAGAGGGCACGCUCUAUGUAGGGUUCGUCACCUCCAACCCUGACAAUCGCCUUAUAACAAAAAUCCUAUACAAGGGUGAUGUGUUUGUCUUCCCAGAAGGCCUCAUCCACUUCCAGUUCAACAUGGACAAAACCAAUGCAGUUUCCAUCAGUGGUCUAAGCAGCCAAAACCCUGGUCUCAUCAUCAUAGCUAAUGCCGUUUUCGGUUCAAACCCGCCCAUCUCCGAUGAUAUUCUUGCAAAGGCCUUCCAAGUGGACAAGAAAGUGAUUGAUUUAAUCCAGGCACAGUUCUAGAUAAUUAAGCAGAUAUGCUAUCGUCAAAUAAGAAAUGUUUGCGUGACCUAUUAAAGGAGAACUUCUGUUUAAAUAAGCAAUGUUACUAAAAAAAAGUAUAAGUAAAUAAAAGGUUUUAUUUGCUUCUGUUUAUUUGAUUUUGUUUAGGUAAUUGUGCGCUCUCUCUCCACAAGAAAUGGUAAUAUGAGGUCGACCUCAUGGGAAGCUUGCCAUGAGGUUGAGCUGUGUAGUCCCCACCGUAAUCUGUCAUACAUCUACCCCAUCAAUCAGAUAUACCCUUCUA